AUGAAGGCUGAAAGAGUUGCAGCAGGUGCAGCAAGACCUACAGGGUCACAAGAGAGCCGGGAUCUUGCUGAGUUCCGGAAGUGUAAUCCUCCACAGUUUGCAGGAGAUGCAGAUCCAGAGGUAGCUGACUGCUGGAUCCAUGAGCUAGAGAAGAUUUUUUCCGUUCUUGGAUGUUCUCUAGAGAAGAGAUUGGCGUAUGAUGUGUAUAUGCUUGUGGGAGAGGCCGAGCAUUGGUGGAGGGGCACAUAUCAGAUGCUUGUGGCGAGGGGAGUUAUAGUUGACUGGGAGUGCUUUCGGAUGGUGUUUAUGGAGAAGUAUUUCCCGGAGAGCACUAUUUCUGAGGCCUGGAAUUGCAGAAAGUUUGCAAAGGGUCUGAAGUAUGAGUUGAAGAAGGUGGUGGUGCCUAUGGCCAUCACCGAGUUUCCUGCCUUGGUAGAGAAGGCUAAGAUUGUGGAGAGGUUAGAAGGGGGUGAUCGUGUGAUCAGAGCUACUGAGGGACCAGCUGGGUCCAAGAGGGGAGGAGGAAGUCAGAGGAAACCGUAUGAUAGGCCCCAAUCACAGCAAGGGGGUCCUGUUAGUAGGCAAUUUUCCAGUACUGCUAGUGGAGGUAGACAGAGUGGAGGUGCCACUCUGAGAUGUUACAGUGUACAGAGAGCUGAGACUCAGAGGGGUGACAGACCCACUAUAGCUGGUAGGGUGUUUUCUUUGACGGGUGCUGAGGCUUCGACUUCUUCUGAUAUAGUGAAGGGGAAGGGCAAGGCUGCCGGUAAGAAUGUGAUAUUUUUGUUUGACUCUGGGGCUUCCCAUUCAUUUAUUUCCUAUGCUUGUGUUGCUGUACUGGGUAUGUCUGUGUGUGACUUGGGGUUGAGACUGCUAGUGUCGACGCCCGCAUCUUCUUCAGUAGUUGCUUCUGAGCUGUGUGCUAACUGUCCUGUUGUUGUGAAUGGGAAGAAGUACAAGGUAAAUUUGAUUUAUUGUGCCAAUAGACGGUUGAUCUUUCCCAAAGAGGAGGAUGAAUUGUUGAUUUCAGCUGGCCAAGCUGAAUCUUUGCUGAGAGAUGGAGCGGAGUGUUGCCUCCUGCUGGCUGCUAUGAGCGUGGAGACUGAGAGGGUUAUUUCUUAG